AUGAUACAUUUUAAAAAUAUUAUUUUAAAAAUAAAUUUAUAGAAUUAGAAUGAAACAGGUAAUAGAAGAAGUAGAAUAAAAUCAUUAGUUGACGGUUAAUUCUCAACAGUUGACAAUAAUAUUAGCUAUUUUGAAGGACAAAAAUCGACUUAACUAGCCUAAGAUAGUAAGGAAUUCAGUACUUUUGAGAAAGACAUGAGCAAUCUAGAGGUAUUUGCUAAAUUAAAGGAUGUAGAAGGUAGGAUGAUUGAUUAAAAAGCAGAAUUAGAAAGAAAAAUAUAUUAAAUUACUGUAAAAACUGAUGGUUUGAAUAUUCAAAGUUAAAUGAAAAUGUUUGAAGAUUAGAUAAUGGAUAAAAUGUAUCAGUAGUUUUAAAAAAUGAGAUAAACAGAAUAAGAAACAAGCUCAAUUUAAUAUAAAUCUUUGGAAAGUGAAUUAAAUAGUCUUAAAAAUUAAAUAAAUCAGUUAAGACUAGGCAUCGAUGAAUAGAAAAAUUAAAAUCAAUAAUUAAAAAAAAUAGUUUAAAACUAGCAAGAUAAUCAGUAAGGAUAAUUAGUGCCUUAUUAGUAGAAUAUUUUAGAUACUUCUCAAAUGUAAAGAGAGUUAAUGAUAACUCUGAAAGAGUAUAUAAAUGAGUAGAACAGGAGGAGAAAUAAUUUAGAUAUAGAUUAUGGUAGAGAAUUUGAGCAAAAGAUGGCAGGUUUGCAAAGAGAAAUGAUAGAUAGAUUCAAUAGGUGGAAAUAAGAGAUAUUUUAAUCUUAAGAUAUGUUUAAAGACUAGCAAUCAACUUUAGAUAAAAUUAAAUUUGAAAAAAUUUAAGAAGAAACAGCUUAGUUAAAAGAUUUAAUUGCUCGUUAGGAAAUUUCUAUUAAAUAAUUUAGCGAAAGAAAACCUGUUUAAAUUGAAUAAGUGCAAAUGGACAUAUAAAAUUAAUUAGAAAAUUUAAAAAUUGAAAUUCAAAAAGAAGAAAAAGAACUAAUUUCAAGUGAAAGCAAAUUCGUCAAAAUCUUCUAAGAAAGUAUUGAGCAGCUCUCAAGAAUUGUUAAGCUAAACAAAGAAGAAUUGAGUGCUAAUUAAGCAUAAGGAUAGACUUUAAUAAAUGAUGUUGUGUCAAAUUUAAGAGUAAAUGUAGAAAAUUUUAAAGAUGCAAUACUUACAAGGAUGAGCUUAUUAGAUCAAUAGAGUACUUUUUUGCUAAAGAGUGAUUCAGAUAAUAAAAAAAACAUUGUAGAUCAUUUUAAAGAUAUCAACGAUAAACUUGAAAGAAAGUUUACGAUGGUUGAAAAAUGGCAAUAAGCUAUUAAUUAAGAGCUUGAUGUGUAUACAAACACUUAAAAUGAAAAAAUCAAGGAAAUAGAAAAUUAGAAUAAUAUUUGGAAAAAAGAAUUCGAAUAAAAAAAUCACACUAUUUUUGUUGAGAUUUCAAACACCAUGAAAAUUCUCAAAUCAGAUUUCAGUAAAGAAUCUCAAAAUACAGACAAUAGGUUAAAUGAUCUAAUGCAGAGAUCAGUUAGUAAUUAAGUUAUGAAUGAAUAAAUGGUUGAUAAUCUAGCUGAGCACACUAAAAGAAUGGAUGAGAAAAUCUUCUUUGAAAUAAAUUAAAUAAAAGAAAAAACUAAAUAUCAAUUGUAAGAUUUAAAAUUAGAAAUAUCAGAAAACCACAAAAGAGAUGAUAAAUAGCUUGAGAAUAAGAUAGCUCUUUAAAUUCAAUAAAAAUCUUAAGAAAUAACUGAUUAAACAGCUUAAUUAAUUAAAGAAACGUCUUAAAAAUUUGAAAAAAAUUUCAUUUUAGCUGACAAAAUACUUGCAAACAACUUACUAGCAAAAAUUGAAGAGAAUUAUGAAUUAAUUUUGAAAAAUCUACAAAAUCACAGAAAUGAAACAUAACAAGAAAUCAUUAAAAAUGACAAAAUUAUUUAAGAGCAUGGUAAAAAGGUAGAAAAGCAUAAAACAGAAACAGAUCUCAGUCUAUCAAAAUUCCAAAAAGAUAUUUUAGAAUAAAUUGCUUUAAAUACUCAAGAAUCAGAUAAUAAAAUAAAAGAAAAAUUAGAGCUAGAAAGGAAGAUAACAAAUGUAGCCUUGCUAAAGUAAGAAACAAAUGCAAAUAGUAAAAUAGAAGCUUUAGGUGUCAAAUUAAAUGAAGAUUUAAACGAAUAAAAGAAUGAUAUAACUAAAUAAUUUAAAACUGAAUUGCAUGAAAUUGUGCUAAAGAAAAUUAUGUAAAGCAUUGAUGAAGAAGUUGGUUAAAGGAAAGAGAGUCUUUAAAAAUUAGAUACAAAUAUUUAAAAUACUAAAAACAUGCUUUUACAUACUUUAGAGUAGAAGGUAGAGAGCAAUAAAGCUCUUACAAGAGCUCUAAUACAAUCUGAGUAGGUAGAGAGAUAAAAAUAACAUGAAGAUUCAAUGAAAAUUUUGAAACUAUCACUUGAAACUAGUGAAAAUAACUUAAAAAAAUAUAUUGAAUCUGAGUUAUAAAAAUUACAAUAUGAGACUAGUAACUCGCUAAAACAAAUGGAUACAAAAACUCUAAAAAUAUAAACUGACUUACUGAAGUAGAUGGAGGUAUUAAGGAAUUACAUUGAUGAUACAUCUAUAGACUUAUAAAAUCAAGUAUAUCUUUAGAAAUAGUUUAAUUAGUUAUCUAUACAUCAAAUUGACGAUGCCCUUCAGCAAGCUGAAUACCAGUUCGUGUAAUGCUUCCAAAAAAUAGAAUUAGCAAACCUAGAAUAGGUUAAGCUUCACUAAGAAAUUUUAAGUAACUCUAAAGAUUUAGAUAUGUUUAUAGAGCAAACAGAGCAAAAUUUUAGAUAAUUUGAGGACAUUAUUAAAUUGCAUGAAUAAAAAGAUACUGAAAUUAGCGAAAAUAUUAAUUAAGUCAAAGCUUAAUAUUAAUAAAAAAUUGAUUCAAUUUUAUAGGAAAACAUACAUAAUUCUUAGUUGCUUAAAGAUUAAGGCUUAAAAUUACAUAAUUUAGAGACAAGUCAUGCUAAAGAAUCUGAGCAGUAAUAAAAAAUGUAGCUGUAAAUAAGUAGUGUGGAGUAAAAAAAUACUGAAAACUAUCAUUAAAUAUAAAAACAUUAGCAAGAAUUAAAUGAAAUAUAAAUUUAAUUAAAGCAUGAUUAAAAACAAAAUAAUUAGCCUUAAAAUAGAAGUAAUUCUUAAGUUGAUAACAAAGACAACAAACAUAAUGGAGAAGGAGAUAAUAGCUAAAAAAAUAACAAUCACCAAUAAGAUUAAAAUGAUGAUAAUCAUAAAUAGCAAUAAAAAUAAGAACAUUAGCAACAAUAAAAUUAACAUUAAGAAAGCAGUCAAAAUUAAAAUAAUAAUCAUAAGUGA